CGGGGCUCGGUUCCCGGCGCGGCCGGGGAAAGGCGGGCAGGGAGGGGCCGGGGCCGGAGGAGGAGCCGCGCCCGCCGCACUUAAGGGCCGUGACCGGCGCUGCCCCGCGCUCGGGCGAGCCAUGGAGGCGGCACGGGAUUGCGUGGGAUUGCUGCUGCGAUCUUUCAUAUCCAUGGGAGCAUCAGUAGGAGCAGUAACAAAACAGACCCUGUUCCCUCCUCUCAUGCCCGCAGGGCGCCCUUUCCGUGUGUCCAACGCCUCCCGCAGCAGCAGGAAGGGAAUUGUUGCCAGCAGCCUGCAGGAGCUCCUCAGCAAGGUACAGCAAACACUGACUGAAGCUCACAGGGAAAUACCUACUUUGGACGCCUUUGUUAUAACUGCUGGGAUAGUUACUCUGGUUUUGGAGGAAGAUGGCACAGUUGUGGACACAGAAGAGUUCUUCAAGUCCCUGGAUGACAAUACACACUUCAUGGUUCUAGAAAAUGGACAGAAAUGGACACCAACAAAAAAUGGAGUUGUGGCUGUGAGAAAAAAGAAGAAAAUGGGAGUAGCUAACAUCACAUUUGACCUGUACAAACUGAACCCUAAGGAUUUUAUUGGCUGCUUAAACAUCAAGGCAACCUUCUAUGAGAUCUACUCUAUCUCAUAUGACAUCAAAUGCAUGGGAGCCAAAAGUGUAUUACGGAAAGUGCUUCAGCUACUAUCCCAUGCAGCACAAAUAACAGGACAGUUUCUGCUCUACACUGGAACAUACAUGCUGCAGUUGAUGGGUGAAUACGAUGAAGAAGAAAUGUGCGUGAGAUCCAGGCGGGAGUAGUGACCGCAGCCACGCUCCUGGUGUCGAAUCCCUUGCUCACAGACAUUGUCCUGCCCAGCUCUGAUUGUAACAGUGUUAUAGCAGAGGGAUGUGCACUAAUGUGAACUAACAUUUAUCCUGUUUGGGGGUGCUUGUAGGCCUUAGUCAUGAAGUGUUGGAUGUUCAUAUGCUCUUAACACCACAAAAAGAUGGGUGCCUAAUCUGGCAAGAGGAGAGAGAGGGCAGGUUUUUGUUCCAGAAAUUCAAAAUUAAGAAUAAGUAUACUUGGAAACUUUAAUGCUUUGUAACCAAUGGAAUAUUUUUUGCACCAAUCAGGACAUUGGGGUUUUUGUGUGGUUGUUUUUUUGUUUUUCAUGGCUAUCUACAUGCAUUCUGAAUAGACUGGGCUGUAAGGUGAGGGCAUGGGGAGGACUGUGGGGUUUGUUUGUUUAUUUGUUAGUUUUAAUCCUUAGCAGUGCUGGGAUUAGUGUGAGGCUGACAUUGAGGUGAAGUGUACCUAUUUACUCCUGCUGACAAUGGAACUACUUAGUGCAACUUCAGUCUUACUUCAGUGACUGACUCUUCUCAUGAAGUCUAAUUGGAGAUUGUGCAAUCACUUUUACUUCCCUUAAAACAAAUAAAUCCUUUUUGUUAUAGUUCUUGAUAUCUCUUUUCCAAAUCUUCAGGAUGUUGAGGUUAUUACAGCUCACACAGGGCUCACACUCUGAUACAUUUUCUUAAUGAAUCUGAUGCCCAGUUCUGCCUGAGCAUUGAAUAAUCUGCUGUAGUUUUGUGAACAUGGCUUAUAAACAACCUGCUGAAGCUUUUUUUUAGGGUUUAAACCACCACUUCUGCAGUUUUUACUGUUAAAAGAUGACACUAAGUGUCAACUUGGGUUUGAGGUACAUGUAAGAGAUGCUGGUAUCUUGUUGCCCUUGGGUUCAGGGGAGAGCAGCAGGACACUGUCUAGUCUUGCGUAACAUACAUGUAGGCUUCAAAGUGAGUAUUUGUGGGAUCAUGAUCUCUCAAAACUAGCUGUAUUAGAGGACAAAGUAAUGCUUCCUGCAGUUUAUUGAACUGUUGCUGUGCCCAACUUUCAGUAAGCUUUUCCUCAACAGUGUGGAAAAGUGGAGAACAAGUACCCUUGGGCAUCUUGUGUCAAAGUGCAGACUCAUGUUGGUGAAGGAGAAAAAAAGCCCAGUUGUGGUUGUUCACUGGUGUAGCUUUUGAGGUUGUUGUUUGCUUGCACAUGAACUUCAGGAAUGCUGAAAGCUGUUAAGGUGACAUCAGAUGCAGAAAAUGUCUGUCCUGACAGUAGGUGCCACCUAGUAAGAGAAGCUCUGGUGCAGAGAGAACAAGGAAGGCACGGAAGUCAGUGGGAGUGAAAGGGAGAAGACCACUGUGGACCCCAUGGUUGUUGCCAUGCCUCUGAGACAGGAAUCCAUUAACUGUGUGCACCAACUGCACUGACCUGAUCUGCUAAAAGAGAAGCAGAAAGGUGCAAAAGAUGAAGUAUCAUGGUUGGAGAUAUUUAUUCUGACCUCUUAGCUGUAUCUGUUCACUUCAGAGGUCACUGAUAUGUGAGAAAUUGCUCUUGCUUUUAGCUGCAAAUCUCACCUCCAUGUGCUUAUUUUUUCCUUCCCACUGUGAGUGUGGCUGUGCCAGUUCGAGCUGCAUCCUUCAGAUCACUGCUGAGAGGAAAGGCAGCCUGAACCCACGUGCUAAAGGGACUGAUGGAUACAAUUUUUGGUCAGUCUCUGCCCAUCUCUUAAGUGAUGUAUUACAAAUAAACAGACAGUUAAGAAAAGCUUUGUCUUUUUUUCCUAAUUCCUGUUGUUUCCCAUCUACUUCUGAGCAUUUGCUGGAGGAGGCAGAGGGCAUACUGCUCCAGAUAAGGGGAGGACUUGUUCUUUCCUAAUUUCUCACAGGAGAAAAUGCCUGGAGCUUGCAGCACUGUCAGGUGUCCUUCAGAAUAAAACAAUAAACUAUUCUGGGAGUAAUGAGAACGCUUCCAUUCUGAUAUAACCUCUUAAUGUUUUAUCUGUAUUUUUCUUGACACCCUUUGCAUAAAUGAUUGUUGCCAUGCUGAUAGUUGGCCAAAGUCUUUCCCUGUCAAGGAAUUCAUUUAACUGACUUUACAAGGACACAGUAAUUAAUUUUUUUGCUUUUAAGGACCACUUAUUCUAUUAAAACAAGUAUACCUCUUGAACGCAAAUUCUCUUAAAUGCUUCUAUGAGUAUUUAUGUUGCCUAUGGUGGGAGCACCAGCAUUAAAAGAAGGUAGAACAACCAGAAUAGCUCAUUGUUGCUUUGUUUGAGUUGCUUCUUCAACAUCUGUAGGACAAAAGCUUGUGCAUGUCUGAACAGUGCAGAGCCUAAAUUCCAGCCUUCUUUAGCCAGAGGCAAUUGUUACAGAACUAACUCACCACAGUUUACAGUGGCACUAUCUGGGAAUCCAGCAGUGAUCUGAAAAGCUAACUGCUAUGACUGUGCAGUGUUUUUAAGCAGCUGCUCCUUGAACAGCUUAGCACUUAAAACUUGAGCUGCUGAAGCUCCUGUGUGCAGCAGUCUCCAUCUUGGAGCAAUUCCCUCUGUUCAGCUGUUUGCAUUUUGAAUUAAAGUAGCUCAACUUUGUUAUUUUCUCAAAAUGGGAGGAGUGUCCUGGAAGUUGUGUCUAAAAUUGUUUCAUUGCUUCUGAAUCUGGAUCUUUCACAGGCUUAGUAUUUGGAGGUGAUGUUUUCUGCUGUACCAGCUUCUUUCUGGAAAUAAAAUUUUGGCUUUGAGUCAAA